AUGCCUCGACUGCCUACAUCCCACUCGGGAAAGUACAAACCCCCACCAUUCCUAUAUCUACGUUCAUUCCUUCCCAUCCUCCUACUCAUCUUGCUAUUCUCUUUCGGACUCGUAUCCUACUCUCUUUUAUCGCAUUUCAAGAGUCCUGCGGUGAGACAGCAUCUGGGAUGGCAGAGUUGGGAUAUCGUAGAGAUGUCUACUUCGAAGAGCGGAAGUGGGAGUGGAAAUGAGGUAUUAUCUAGUGGUGGAAGUGGGAAUGCGACGGGACAUAUGGCUAGUAUACCUAUAGAAAAUUGGGAUCCAUUGGCAUUACAUACGACUGGACUAACUGAAAUCGCCGUCGCACCAUGUUAUUUCCCUCCUUACUUGUUCCCAGAACACUGUUCGCCUGAGACUACGCCAGAGCUAGAUAAGUUGAAAGGGAAGUGGGUAAGGGUGGAGAGGGAUCUGAAUAUCAGGACGGGAUUAUGGUACCUAAACAUCUAUUAUCGUCGAACUCGCCGACUCGACGCCGACCUGAUAACGGACAUCCAACUCGUACCUGAACCACCCUCCAAAGAGUUGCAGUACGAUCUUGAGAAUGGCGGUUGGCAGAAAGGUUUGGGGAAUUUACAUUCUGGUGUAUGGCCGAGUAGACCUGAGGAGAGGUUAUGGUAUAGGACGAAGAGUCAGGGGUGGGAUGAUGUAUGGAGAAGACAGGUCUCCGAUAACAGUGCCGAAGAUUUGAUACCUGAAGAUGAAGGUGAGACACCCAACGGAUCCGUCGAACCGAUCCAAUCGGGCGAAUCGAACAAAGUCGAAUAUGGCGACUAUAUCACUGAAGUUGAUGUGAUUUACGGCGACGACGAACCGUUUUUCGGAUUUGAGAGGAUCCAAGGAGGAAAAAUAACGGAAAGUAAGAAAGAUAAAUGGGAAAGUGUAGGAUUGGCAGUCAGAAGAGGUAAUCCAGUCGCUCCUAGAGCUCAGGUGCCCAAGUUCCAUAAAGAUGGGACAUUCAAAAUUAUGCAGAUCGCAGACCUGCAUUACUCGGUGGGGGAAGGUCAAUGCAAGGAUACAGACAAGACACCUUGUUCGGGAGAUUCAGAUACUGCCCAAUGGUUGGGAGAAGCCCUGGAUGCUGAAACACCUGAUUUAGUGGUGUUUUCUGGAGAUCAACUUAACGGUCAAAGUACCAGUUACGAUUCAAGAUCUGUUUUGGCCAAAUUCGCUAAACCGGUAAUCGAUAGACAAAUCCCUUGGGUAGCUAUUUUUGGUAAUCACGAUAGUGAGAUUGCUGAAGAUCGAGCAGAACAGAUGAGAGCAUUGCAGCAUUUGCCUUACUCUUUGGCGAGAGCUGGUCCAAAGGAUGUUGAUGGCGUUGGCAAUUAUUAUAUCGAAUUACAUUCUGCUGAUGGCUCGAAUAUGCACAUAUUCACAUUGUACUUUCUCGAUUCUCACGCACGUCAAAAACAGAAACUACUAUGGAAGACGCCUGAUUAUGAUUAUCUGAAAGAAUCCCAAAUAGAAUGGUAUCGCAACGUAUCAUCAUCGAUCAAACCAAUCUCUAGACCGUUCCAACCUGAUGGUGGCUGGGACUUGGGGGAUAUAUGGUCUUCCAAACGUUCUAAAUCCAAACCAUCUAGGAUCACCCGACGGGACGCAGAGGAAGAGAACGACACGACAUUAGCCAAACCCAAUGCGAUGAUGUGGUUCCAUAUCCCCCUUCCUGAAGCGUACAUGGACGCUGACCAUCCCGAUUUCUUAUCGGAAGAUCAGUUGGAAAGUUUAGAUGUAGGCGUGAACAUGGAUGGACAGGGGAAUUCGAAACAUAAUAGUGGAUUCUUCUAUAAUGCUAUCAAAGUCACUUAUGAGUAUGACGAUGAGGAGGAGGUACAGACAGGAAGGAGGAAGAGUGAGGUGAAGGUGUUGAGUCAUGGGCAUAAUCAUAAUACCGAUAGAUGUAGGAGGACAGAUGGGAUUUGGACAUGCUUUGACGGAGGUUCUUCGUACUCUGGAUACGGCCAAUUAGGAUUUGAUAGACGAGUGAGAAUAUACAACAUAUCAUCGUACGGAGAGAAGAUCGAGACGUACAAAAAGUUGACGAGCGGCGAGGUCAUCGACAAACAGGUGUUGGUUGGUGAAGGUGCAGUGAGUGGUUGGGGAGAGGAUCAGCUUUAA